AUGUCAGGACAUCCAGUCUACGUAGACGAAUUGGCAACAGUGGAGCAGCCAUCUGGCACGCCUGUCCAGCCAUACAAGUCGGUGGUGGAGAUACUCACACAGACACCUGAUGCUGCCAUCUUCACAGUCAAGAAGCCUGAAGAGGGCGAGCCAUCUCUUAAACCUCUGUCUCAGCGUACAGAAGCCGACUAUGCUCCCAUCUCUGGUGCUGCUUUGAAGAAAGCGAAGAAGACAGUUGAAGUUAACGCUAAGAAUGCUGCAAAGAAGGCUCAAAACAAGGACAGACUUGACAAGGAGGAGUCUGACAGAGCUCAGAGAGAGCAAAAGCGCAUCGAAGAAGCCAAAAAGGUUGUGCUCACAUUAGACGACUCACUGCCAAAACCAACAAAGGCAAAGGUUUAUCAAUUGGAAUCAAAACGUGAUCAACGUAUCAAGAUUUCAGGUUGGGUGCACAGACUUAGAGCUCAAAAGGGUAUGACUUUCAUCAUUCUUCGUGACGGUACCGGCUACCUUCAAGUAGUUUUGUCUGGAAAGUGCACAGAGACUUUCGAUGCUCUCACACUUUCUAUUGAAUCAUCUAUCGAAGUCGUCGGUACACUCAAAGCUGUCAAGGAAGGCCAGUCAGCUCCAGGCAACCAUGAAUUGGUAGCUGACUUCUGGAAAGUCCUCGGUAAAGCUCCAGCUGGUGAUGAAGCAUUCACCAACAAAGUCAACAAAGACUCUGACCCUUCAAUUCAAGCUGAUUUGAGACACUUGAUGUUGCGUGGUGAGACUGCUUCAAAUGUUAUGAAAGCUAGAUCUGCAGUACUUAGUGCAUUUAGAGACGUCUUUAAGGAUAUGCGUGUUCUUGAAGUCACCCCUCCAUGCAUGGUUCAAACUCAAGUCGAGGGUGGUGCAACCUUGUUCAAAUUUGAUUACUACGGUACACCAGCAUUCUUGACACAGUCCUCACAACUUUAUUUGGAAACAUGUUUGGCUAGUUUAGGUGAUGUCUUCUGUGUUCAAGAAUCAUUCAGAGCUGAGAAGUCACUCACCCGUCGUCAUUUGUCUGAGUACACGCACUUGGAAGCUGAAUUAGCAUUCAUCGACUUCUCAGACCUCCUUGACCACAUCGAAGAGGCUAUCUGUGGUGUUAUUGAUAUUGUUCUCGCUGACCCAGCCAUCUCUGCUAUUAUCAACGAGCUUAACCCAGGCUUCCAAAAACCAAGCCGUCCAUUCAUGAGAUUGGACUACAAAGAUGCAAUCAAGUGGUUGCGAGACCAUAACAUUCAAAAGCAGGAUGAAGAUGCAAACGGUGACAAGAUCUUCUUGGCUGACGGCUCACCACAAAUGUCAGAUCAUCAAGUCGGCGAUGAUAUCGCUGAAGCUGCUGAAAGAAAGAUGGUUGACACACUCAACGUUCCUGUCUUCCUUACUGGUUUCCCCAAGGACAUUAAGGCAUUCUAUAUGAAGAAGGUACCGGGUGAUGAGAACUUUACUGAGGCUGUCGAUUUGCUUAUGCCUAACGUUGGUGAGAUUGUUGGUGGAUCUAUGCGUAUCAGCGACUAUGAUGAGCUUAUGGCUGCGUACAAACACGAAGGCAUUGAUCCUGCUCCUUACUACUGGUACACUGAUCAACGUCGAUUCGGAACUCCUAACUCAGGAGGUUAUGGUCUUGGUUGUGAGAGAUUGCUUGCAUGGCUGCUCAACAGAUUCACUGUUAGAGACUGCAGUCUGUAUCCAAGAUACACUGGUCGCUGCACACCUUAA